AUGGCAGGCUUUCCCCUUCAUCAUCCAAAGGGCCGCGAAUUGACAGGCGGUGACCUUUUGGCCCAAUCUUUGAAACACCUUGGUGUUGAGGUUGCUUUUGGACUUCAUGGAGGUCACUUGGAUGCUUUCUUGAUGGGAUGCGAAGAUAUUGGGAUUCGCUUGGUGGACACUCGACAUGAAACUGUCGCGGUUCAAGCGGCUGAGGGUUAUUGCCGGAUCAGUACAAAACCCGGAGUAUGCUUUGUUACGGCAAAUAGUGGGUUCUCGAACGGACUCCCUGGCUUGGCUACUGCCUACGGUGACCGUAGCCCGAUCCUUUGUAUAACCUCCUCGCCACCAAUCCGGGACACAGAGAACAACUCGCUUCAGGGUUCCAUCGAUCAGGUGGUAGCGGCUCGGCCCAUCACAAAGUUUGCUCAUAGAGUUGUGUCGCCCGAGGAAUGUCCAAGAAUAGUAUCCCAUGCACUUCGAGUUGCUCAAGCCGGGCCUCCUGGACCCGUGCUUCUUGACUUUCCAAUUGACGUCCUAUUCUCCCCUAUUCAACCCAAGCUCAUUGCUUGGGGCUCAGUUACUUCACCUCCUUCAUUUCCUCCAGGUCCUCACGUUGCGGCAAUCGACGCGGCGGCUCGAUUGCUCGGUGCUGCCAAAAGACCAGUUAUAAUAACAGGAACUGGAGCAAGAAGCCCACAGGCACGGCAACAACUCUUCAAGCUAGCCGAAGGUUGCGGUAUCCCCGUUUUCAAUACAUCCAAAUAUACGUCCUUCAGCCCAUCAUCACCCAUGCUCUCCACAAGAACUGCAGGGAUGCUAGCAAUACUCUCAUUGGUGAAACUACCACGUCCAGAUCUUGUUGUUCUCUUGGGUGCGCGAACGGGAAUGUUUCUGGGUGGCCGCUCUGGCGCAAUCAUCCCAGGUCAAGAUUGCAAACUCAUUCAAGUCGACUGUGACGGAAGUGAAAUAGGUCGCUCUCUUCCUAUAGAUCUUGGGAUUGUGUCGGAUGUUGAAGCUUUCCUUUCAGCAGUCAAUGAGAGACUUAAUUCGAGACACAUUAAAAACAUCGAUAAGUCCUGGGUACAAUCUGUGCUAGGACUGGCUGCUAUGGAGUCACCGUACGAAAAGGAACCAGAGGUGACAAGCUCCGGACGUCUUCAUCCAUACCAUGCUGUGAAAAGUCUCGUGUCCGGAAUCGAACCCGGAAGCAUCGUCAUUUUAGAUGGUGGUGAAGCCUCUGCUUGGGUCGGUGAUCUUGCAUCACGCUGUCAACCGCAUACAGUCAUGACUGCAACAGGCUAUUUAGGAUUCCUGGGAAAUGGCUUCGGAUAUUCUCUGGGUUGUGCCGUUGCUGUGCCCGAUCGAAAAGUUGUCAAUAUUCAGGGUGAUGGCUCUGCUGGCUUUCACCUGAUGGAGCUAGAUACGUACAAGCGAUUCAAUCUGAAUAUCGUGACGGUCGUGGUGAACAACUCGAGCUGGGGCAUGAGUUCGAAUGGGCAGGAUCUCGUUUAUGGAACUGAUCAUCCCGCUCGACCUAUCAGUGCCCUGAGCUCUGCAACCGAAUAUGAUGUCGUCGCAAAGGGCUUGCAGAAUACUGCUACUCGAGUCUCUCGCAUUGCAGAAAUUCGGAAUACAGUCGCCAGAUUCCAGGCACAGCCAGGUCCAAGCUGCAUCAAUCUUAUCGUGGAUCGAAAACCGGUUCAUCCCAUUACAACCGCCAUGGUCGGGCUCACUGAUAACCCAAAUUUGGUGGUGGUACCCUACUACGAUAACAUUCCUCGAGCAUUUUACAAAUUGUAG